UUCGCCUGCCCCUCCCGACAGCCUCCGGGGCGCGCGUCGCUCGGCUUCCGGCGUGUGAGGCGGUGACUAUGGGAGCGGCGCGGGAGGCGCCGGGAGGCAGCUGACGGGCGUCUGCGGCUUCGCUUUAUGGCCGCUGUCCCGCCCCGCUUGGGCUCUGUGGGGAGUGGGAGAAGCCUCGGCGGCCUGGAGCCCGAGACGCCGAGCGGAGCUGGGACCUGUGCACGGCGCCGCUGAGGCGCAGCAUGUGAAGCGCCGACUGCGUCCAGUGCGGGGCGAGAUUCGCAGCCGGCCCUGAUGGCUACCACGGCCGAGCUUUUCGAGGAGCCUUUUGUGGCAGAUGAGUAUAUUGAGCGUCUCGUAUGGAGAACCCCAGGAGGAGGCUCUAGAGGAGGACCUGAAGCUUUUGAUCCUAAAAGAUUAUUAGAAGAAUUUGUAAAUCAUAUUCAAGAACUUCAGAUAAUGGAUGAACGGAUUCAAAAGAAAGUAGAGAAGCUAGAGCAACAAUGUCAGAAAGAAGCCAAAGAAUUUGCAAAGAAGGUACAAGAGCUUCAGAAAAGCAAUCAGGUUGCCUUUCAACAUUUCCAAGAACUAGAUGAACACAUUAGCUAUGUAGCAACCAAAGUCUGUCACCUUGGAGACCAGUUGGAGGGGGUAAACACACCCAGGCAGCGUGCAGUGGAGGCUCAGAAACUGAUGAAAUACUUUAAUGAGUUUCUUGAUGGAGAAUUGAAAUCUGAUGUUUUUACAAAUUCUGAAAAGAUAAAAGAGGCAGCUGACAUCAUUCAGAAGUUGCACCUAAUCGCCCAGGAGUUACCUUUUGAUAGGUUUUCAGAAGUAAAAUCCAAAAUUGCAAGUAAAUAUCAUGAUUUAGAAUGCCAACUGAUUCAAGAGUUUACCAGUGCUCAAAGAAGAGGUGAGAUCUCCAGAAUGAGAGAAGUAGCAGCAGUUUUACUUCAUUUUAAGGGUUAUUCCCAUUGUGUUGAUGUUUAUAUAAAGCAGUGCCAGGAGGGUGCUUACUUGAGAAGUGAUAUAUUUGAAGAUGCUGCACUGCUCUGUCAGCGAGUGAACAAGCAAGUUGGAGAUAUCUUUAGUAAUCCAGAAACAGUACUGGCUAAACUUAUUCAAAAUGUAUUUGAAAUCAAACUACAGAGUUUUGUGAAAGACCAGUUAGAAGAAUGUAGGAAGUCCGAUGCAGAGCAGUAUCUCAAAAAUCUCUAUGAUCUGUAUACAAGAACCACCAAUCUUUCCAGCAAGUUGAUGGAGUUUAAUUUAGGUACUGAUAAACAGACUUUCUUGUCUAAGCUUAUCAAAUCCAUUUUCAUUUCCUAUUUGGAGAACUAUAUUGAGGUGGAGACUGGAUAUUUGAAAAGCAGAAGUGCUAUGAUCCUACAGCGCUAUUAUGAUUCAAAAAACCACCAAAAGAGAUCUAUUGGCACUGGAGGUAUUCAAGAUUUGAAAGAGAGAAUUAGACAACGCACCAACUUACCACUAGGGCCAAGUAUCGACACUCAUGGGGAAACUUUUCUAUCCCAGGAAGUGGUGGUUAAUCUUUUACAAGAAACCAAGCAAGCCUUUGAAAGAUGCCACAGGCUCUCUGAUCCUUCUGAUUUACCAAGGAAUGCCUUUAGAAUUUUUACCAUUCUUGUGGAAUUUUUAUGUAUUGAGCAUAUUGAUUAUGCUUUGGAAACAGGACUUGCUGGAAUUCCUUCUUCAGACUCUAGGAAUGCAAAUCUCUAUUUUUUGGAUGUUGUGCAGCAGGCCAAUACUAUUUUCCAUCUUUUUGACAAGCAGUUUAAUGAUCACCUUAUGCCACUAAUAAGCUCUUCUCCUAAGUUAUCUGAAUGCCUUCAAAAGAAAAAAGAAAUAAUUGAACAAAUGGAGAUGAAAUUGGAUACUGGCAUUGAUAGGACAUUAAAUUGUAUGAUUGGACAGAUGAAGCAUAUCUUGGCUGCAGAACAAAAGAAAACAGAUUUUAAGCCAGAAGAUGAAAACAAUGUUUUAAUUCAGUAUACUAAUGCCUGUGUAAAAGUCUGUGCUUAUGUAAGAAAACAAGUGGAGAAGAUUAAAAACUCCAUGGAUGGGAAGAAUGUAGAUACAGUUUUAAUGGAACUUGGAGUACGUUUUCAUCGACUUAUUUAUGAGCAUCUUCAACAAUAUUCCUACAGUUGUAUGGGUGGCAUGUUAGCCAUUUGUGAUGUAGCUGAAUACAGGAAGUGUGCCAAAGACUUCAAGAUUCCAAUGGUAUUACAUCUUUUUGAUACUCUGCAUGCACUUUGCAAUCUUCUGGUAGUUGCCCCAGACAAUUUAAAACAAGUUUGCUCAGGAGAACAACUUGCUAAUCUGGACAAGAACAUACUUCACUCCUUCGUACAACUCCGUGCUGACUAUAGAUCUGCCCGCCUUGCUCGACACUUCAGCUGAGGUUGAAUUUACAAAGGAAAUGUGUUGUACUUCAGCAGGCCUUGGUUGAUAGAAAGCACAGGAGACUCAUGACACAGCCAACAUUUUAUGAAAAAAUGACCAGAAGAAAACAGCAGCCAUACUCGCCCUUUGAGGUUUUAUUUGACAUUUGGACACCACUAACUAUAUUUUGGGUUUUUUCCCCCUCAGUUGAAUUUUACUUCCAUUUUUGAACUUAUAAAUUUCAAUUUCUGUAAAACUAUGUGUGACUGUUUUCAUUCUGGAAAAUGUUGAUGUCAGAAGGCAAAUGAAAUGUUACCAGUGUUCUGGUUCUUGUUCUUUAACAUAGUCCAUUUGGAAAUUUAAUUCUGUUUUGCAUUCAUAAUAGGUGCAAUACAGUAAAACCAAGUUUACUAUUCCAUCAAUUUUUAAUGCCCUAUUGAGCACUGACAAUUGUUUAUCAGGUUAUUUUAGGUUUUUCUAAAUAAUUUUUGCCUUUUUCCAAAGGCUUACCAGUUAAGCAUAACUUCUGUAGUUGGUUGAUUGAAUUUUUUCUGAGGUAUAACAGUAGUACUAUUCUAAGAAAAAUGUCAUAAACUUAACAAAAAUGGUGAAAUGUUUUAUGUAGAUAUUAGGAGUGGGUCAUAAUACGUCUUUCUGGGUAAGACUUAAAGGUUACUAUUUCUCAUUUGGUAAGUACAUUUUAAGCCAAUUCUAGAAAGUAAUUAAUAAAACUACCUUAUUUUAUAUUUCACUUAAGGUAGGGUGGAGGACCAUAUUCAUUAUUUUGAUGUUACAAGGGAAGUAAAAAAAAAAAGUGAGGUAUAAUCUAAAAAAUGCAUUUGAGAAAUUUUGACAGUGUUUAGAUACAAUGCAAUUCUUUUAUGUCGUAAUGCUAAACUUUAAUAAGCUGGGAUGGCUGAACAUGCAGGUAGUUGUCUGUUUUAUAAGGAGUUGGGAAUUGGUAGAUAUCAUAUAUUCUAAGUUUGGAGAUAAGCUUUGCAAAGACUGGUUGCUUUUUAUAUCUGUAGGUUUGUCAUUGUCCUUUUUCAAGACAUUUCUGAAGUUAAUCCUAAUAACUUGAUAUAACUUUGAUAUAGUUGAUCAAAUUGGUUUAAUUUGGUGACAUAAUAAAUCACUUAUAAAAUUUUAAGCAUCAAGUAAAAAUUUAGAAAGGCCAUUCUACAAAUUUGUUCUGCAAGAAUGCAUUUUAAAUUAUAUGUAGUGUUUCAGCUUCCAUUGUAUGGUUCAUAGGUUUCUGGGAACAGAUAAACUUUAAUGUUCAUUCUUGGCAUUUUUCCUUUAAUGUAGGCUUUUUGGCCUGAGUUUGGAAAACUGCUUUUCUUCUGAGAACCUUACUCAGAAUGGUAAUCAACUUUACUAAAUCUUCUAGGUCCAUCACCAACUACUGUUCAAGUUACUAUUGACUGAAUUUAUUUCAUUUUAUGUUUAGCCCAGUAUUAUCAAGGUAAGCAAGGGAAAUGAAGUAUGCCAACUUGUGUCAAAGCAUUUUAGGACAUUGUGGCAGCUUUAGAAGGCUGUCUAGUUUUUUAUUCUUUAGCCAAGGGAGAGCCAGAAGAGGUUUUGGAUAUCAGAGAAAGUCAUAUGCUUGUACUAUUGCCAUUUUAGGAAGCUCUGAUGUGAAUUCAAAUUAUACCUCUGUUACUUAAAGCCAACAAUUUUAAGGCAGUAGUUUUACUGGCCAUUUGAGCUCUUUGUACAGUGUCAGUUUGUUAAAAAAAAAAAAAAAUCUCAAAUAAAACAUGAGAUAAGAUUUUAAGACUUCCUAAUCAGAGAAGUGCUUCAAAUUAUUUUGUUUGGAUUAAUUUUUAAAAUGUAAAGCAUAUACUUGUUGCUUAGGUGUUUUGUUUAUUAUUUCCAUGCUUGAGUUCUGUGCAAUAGUUUUCAUUAUAUCCACUGACAGGACAGUGAAAAAGAAAACUCAUAAGUGAAUAUACGUAAUUUAGACGUGUUAACAUUAAUUAAUGCUCAAUAAACAAAUUCCCU